AUGGGCUUGCCUGAGAGCGGAAGUGCGUCUAUUGCAGACCUUUUAGUAAGGGCGGAAGUAGAUUCCUCGACGGAAGUGGCGCCGGUAAGGGCGGGCAGUGUGGCCGGGUCCUUGCUGGGCUCCGGUCCCCCGGGCUGCCGCCCACUCCGGGCUGCAGCAAUGGAUCUCAGCGCUGAUUUUCUCCGGGAGAAGCUGCAGCGGGAGCUGGAAGCGGAGCACGUGGAGGUGGAGGACACGACUCUGAACCGUUGCGCGUCCAGCUUCCGAGUCCUGGUGGUGUCCUCCAAGUUCGAGGGGAAGCCGUUGCUCCAGAGACACCGG